GGCCAUCACGCGAUUUUCGCUCCCGCGGGCAGCGCCUCUCAGGCCACCCCCGAGGGGCCCCGAGGACGCACUCGGGCCCCAGCGCGACGGUUCAAACGGGCCAGUGUGCGCCCCCGGGGUCCCCCGGCCCCUGCAGGGCUACCUGGGCGCAGAGCCGCGGGGGGUCUCCGUUCCUAGACGUCCUCCUACCCCGGGCGGCCUGAGUCCUCGCCAGCAUCCGCCCUCUCCCACUCCCAUCCUUCCUGGGUCCGCCUCUCGGUUCCCGAGGGACAGUCCCGAUCGCAAACCCACGUAGAGUAAGGAAUGUGGAAGGGACAGGCGACAGAAGUGGCAUACGUUCCUGCGUUAUCCCUCCGUCUCGCCACACCUUGUGUCUCCAUCUCUCCCCCCUUCCUUCCCUCCGUCUGUCAUCUAUCAUCCCCUGUCGCUCUAAGACCAGGAUUCCAAUUCGCCUAGGGAGGAAUCUCACUAGGGGAAUUUAUCGCGACAUCAUAAAUUAACGGGUUCAUUUUGACCGAAAAAGCGAAGGACUUUUUCCGGCAGAAAACAAGUCUCGUCUGGUCGGAUGUGAUCUUCGUGGUGGAAAGCUAAAUUUUAAAACCACCCCAAUGGAUGCAGACAGUGAUGUUGCAUUGGACAUUCUAAUUACAAAUGUAGUCUGUGUUUUUAGAACAAGAUGUCAUUUAAACUUAAGGAAGAUUGCUUUGGAAGGAGCAAAUGUAAUUUAUAAACGUGAUGUUGGAAAAGUAUUAAUGAAGCUUAGAAAACCUAGAAUUACAGCUACAAUUUGGUCCUCAGGAAAAAUUAUUUGCACUGGAGCAACAAGUGAAGAAGAAGCUAAAUUUGGUGCCAGACGCUUAGCCCGCAGUCUGCAGAAACUAGGUUUUCAGGUAAUAUUUACAGAUUUUAAGGUUGUUAACGUUCUGGCAGUGUGUAACAUGCCAUUUGAAAUCCGUUUGCCAGAAUUCACAAAGAACAAUAGACCUCAUGCCAGUUACGAACCUGAACUUCAUCCUGCUGUGUGCUAUCGGAUAAAAUCUCUAAGAGCUACUUUACAGAUUUUUUCGACAGGAAGUAUCACAGUAACAGGGCCCAAUGUAAAGGCUGUUGCUACUGCUGUGGAACAGAUUUACCCAUUUGUGUUUGAAAGCAGGAAGGAAAUUUUAUAAUUCACCACUUAAUUGGUUAGAAUCUCUAACUGAGCACCUUUUAAACCUGCUGCACAUUGGACUCAAAAGGAAAACUGGACCAACAGUAAUUGAGGAAAUAGACUCUUUUAUUCAUUCACGGCUACAGUGUAAGCUCCAGUCCCUUUGGAUUUUAUUCCAAAUCUUGCUGUAAUAUAAAAGGAAGUUUACAAGACAUGACAUUGCUGCUUUUACAAAAGGACAUUCUAUUUAUUUUCGCAGUAAUUCUCAUGUCCCCAUAAGCAGAGCUGUCACAGUGUGCACUACCUUAGAUUGUUUUAUUGUUGUCAUUGUUAUUUUUUUCCAUUUUGAGCUAAUGUGUUUUAUUUGUGAAUAGUCUUUUACAUUUUUGUAUGCUGAAUAUGGGCACCAAAGAACCUGUAAAAGUUAUCUUUUUCAAUUGAAUGUGCACAAAUAAAAGUUUGGAAAAGAU